AUGGCUCGGGUGACCAGGACACCACAAGCUUCUAGCACAGUUAUGGAACAACCAAGACAACGGACUCCAAACACCAAAGAGAGGAAGAAGAGCAAGGCAUCCUGUCAACCCAGGUCCAGAGGCAGCGUCAAGGUGGCCAAGAAAACCAUGGGGGCAAAGAGAUCCCUUAAAAGGAGUUUGAGAAAAAAAGCCUCUCCAAAAAAUCCCACCUCUUCAACGAAAUCUAAGAAAGCUAGAGGAACAGCACUAUUCGGUCACUAUCACAGGCUGAAUGAAGAACUGAGUCAAAAUGAGCCAGAGAGCGUGGAGGAGCCCACCACUUCACAUGACUACCUGGGCAGCCAGUGA